GCUGGAGGACAAGGCCAAGGGAGCGCUCUGACACAAUUGUAUUGGCCUAAUGGAAUCUUCGUUGAUACAUUGGGUACACUCUAUGUAGCAGACACGUCGAAUCAUCGUGUAAUGCGUUGGACUCAAGGAGACAAGAAACAAGGCACUGUAAUUGUGGGUGGAAAUGGCUAUGGAGCAGGAGCAAAUCAGUUCUACUUCCUCGUUGGUUUGUCUUUCGAUCGACAUGGUAAUCUCUAUAUCGCCGAUUGGAAUAAUCAUCGUGUUCAACGAUUUUCUAUCGAAUAA